AUGUGGUCAUUAACAAGUAGCACACUUAUAGCAUCGGGAUGUUUAUUCACAUAUGUUGUAUUUUUGGCAUUUGUAUCAUUUCCAGCAGAUUGGGUAACAAGCACGACUUUUGGUGUGAAUAUUCAAAAAUUGCCAGAAAAUGAAUCUAAUUUUUGGAACAUUUGCCAUCUUCCAAAAUAUGACAUUUGGGAUGAAGAAAUCAUACAGGUCUGUUUAUAUUAUUUUGCUCUUUUUGUUUAUUCAAAUUUCGGCUAAUUUUCUUUUUUCUCUACGCCAUACAAAUUUGUUUAUUUUAUACCAGGCGGGAAUAUAUGUAUAUAUUUUUCAGUAUUUUGAUCCGGAUACGAAUCCGUUAAAAAAAUGCGACAGUAAAUUUCAUCGAAUGACCGAAUUGCGAGAUUCACAAUGGUCGAUUAUUGAAACAGAGGAGAAUUUUAAAAAUAAUAAGACGACAAAUUGUCGCGCAAGGUAUGGAAAAUUACGGAAUUAUGUUCGAAGACAGAACAGAACAAAAAGUGAAAUAUUUUUGUAGAUGUCAUACACGAAAGUCUGAACGGGAGAAUUUUAUUGGAAAUUGGAGUUAUGUUCCAGGACCAGUUAAUUGUGAAGUGUUAGAAACAGUUUGCAGUAAUAAAAGAGGAAUUGAUUUCUAUGGAUGGUUGCAUAGUCAAAUUGUAGAAACGUGGGUUUUUGAAACACAUUUUGACAAUGAGAAGAUGAAAGUUUUUCUUCAAUACCCUUUGAACCUUGUUCUCAAUCAAAGAAACAAUUAGUUCAUUUCUGUCUUACCAGAUAAUAUUAUAUUAUUGCAGAGCAUGGAAUAAUUUUUAUCAGCGUGAUAAAUCAAACAAAAAAAACACCUUAAUGAAAUUUAUACUAUUGAAUUCCAUUUUUUGCAGCCCUUUGGAACCGCCUAAAUACAGUACAACUGGUAUGAAACAAUAUGAUGUGGUUGUUAUUUUAAUUGAUUCUUUAUCACAUACACAAGCUGUAAGAUCACUUCCAAGAACUCUUUCAUAUUUUAAAAAUCAUAUGGAAGGUGUUGUAUUUCCAUAUAUGAAUAAAGUUGGUGAAAAUAGUCGACCAAAUGGUGUUGCACUAUGGUUUGGAAAAUCAAUGGAGAAAGUUGAUCGUAGUUUAUUUGAAGAACCAACAAUUGAUCGCGAUUGGAAACAUAGUUAUUUUUGUAAAACAUUCAAGGAUAAUGAGACGUUUUUAUUCAAAGAAUUUCAUGAUUAUGGUUAUAAAACAAUGUUGGGAGAAGAUUGGUCAGAAGGAACAAUGAAUUGGCCAAAUUGUGUUGGAUUUGAAAAACAACCAACUGAUCAUUAUAUGAGACCAUUUCAAAAUGCAUAUGAAAGAAAAGGAACAGAUGUCACAAAAAAGCAUUUGAGUAACAAAUCCUGCCGAGAAUAUCAUCACACAUUAUUAGAUUAUCUUGAACAGUUCAAUAAUGCUUAUACUUCUGAUGUUAAAAAGUUUUCUUGGAUUUGGGUAACAGUUCUUGGGCAUAGUAAUGAAAAUGGAGUUGUUCAUGCUGACAAAGAUUUUCAUACAUAUCUUAUGAAAAAUCGACAGAAACUUGAUAAUUCCUUUGUAUUUAUACUUGGUGAUCAUGGAUUAAGAUUUGGAAAAGUAACAGAGACAAAAUUGGGUUCUCUUGAACGGAAUAAUCCAAUAACAGCUAUUUCGAUUCCAAAAGAGUUGCGAGGAUCAACGGACCUUCUUCAAAUAAUGCGAGAAAAUGCCAAGAAAUUGCAAACACAUUAUGAUACCAGAGCAACUAUGCUAGAUAUUUUGAAGGUAAUAUUUAAUAUACUUGCUCUAAAUAUUUCUUACUAAUUUUUUUACAGUAUCAAUCAAAGGCACAUUUCAUGGAUACCGAACCAAUCGAAAUACUCAAUGAAAAAGGUCAUUCUUUGAUACGCCGACAACCAAACAAUCCAAGAUCGUGUAGAACCUUACCAAUUCCGUUGGAAUACUGUAUCUGUCAAUUUAAUAAAACUGAAGAGGAUAGGUAAGUGAAAAUACAUAGAAAUUUGUGAGAAAAAAGAAAAUAUUAAUGUUUUCAUAGAAAUUCGACGAUUUCUGAGAUCAUAGGUCGAAAAGUUAUUGAAGCCGUGAAUUUGGAAUUGAAAGAUGGCGGAUUUGAUGAUGAUUGUAUCGAAAUGGUAUAUGCAGAGGUGAAUCUAAAAAUAUAAACUUUAAAAUUAGAAAAUAUCGAAAUUGUGAUUGAAAACUGUACGUCUUUCCUAUCGAAAAUAUCAAUUUAAAAACCAAUAAAAAAUCUCAUCAGAUAUCUGAUUGAAUUUUUUCUUCAUAAAACCAGAUUUUUCAGACCUUGUCUUUGAAGAGAUUCGAGCACACAUUCCAUGGAGCACAUUUAUACACAAUUCUCGUGAAAGCAACAGAACCAAGUUUAGCAAUUUUCAAAGUGGAUGUAAAAGUCAAUGCAAAUAAUAUGUCAGAAGUCAAAGUUUUGGGAACAAUUGAACGAAGUUCAUUAUACGGGAAAACUGCUAAUUGCAUAAAAGCAGAAUUCUAUAGGCCAUAUUGUUACUGUCGUAAACAAUAG